GGGAAAGAAUUUUAAAAUUUUAUAUGAGUUAUUUAGUUUUCAUUAUUUUAUUGGAGGACUAGUGAUAUUAAACAUACAUUUACCAAUAGGUAUGUUAAAUAUUAUAAUUAGGGAUAUAUAAUUUUCGUAUUUAUGAAAGAGAUUGGAAUAAAUAUGAAAUUUACUUGUCCUCAUAAAUUAAAUAUGCUGAUAUUAUUUCUAAUUUUGGCUAAUUUUUUUUAAUUAUAGAAAAGUAAGUAUUUAAAGAUAUUUUUUAAAUUUAUAUUGUUCAUAGUCUGUGUCUGUUGGACGACAUACUUACCCACUCACACAUCCUGUGUCAUCAUUUCAUUGAGUCAAUCCAGUUGGGCUACAAACUGUGGAAUACCUCUGCAAGAACAUCAAGUUGUGAAAAAUGAGUUUUAGAAAAUGUUUAGUGUGUAAUUAUUGCAAAAGAAAAGUAUCAAUUAGCGAUGAAUCCUUCCCAGAAAAUCUUUUUGAUUUAAUUACAAAGUAUAAAAUAGAUCAGUUGCUCUGGAUUUGUAAAGCAUGCAAAAUAAGCUGUCAUCAUUCUUGCUGUUCCUCUAAAAAUGAUGUUAAUGAAGUACACCAGGAAUUGCUGGAAAUAAAAGAAGUCCUUCAACAUUUGACUGCAGAAGUAAGAAAUUGCUCUUCAUUUGUUGCCCAGCAGUAUUCUUAUCCACAUUCUGCUCAGGCUGUUGGAAACUAUUGUACAACCUCGUUACCAGAUACUUCACCUUUGCAAGUGGAUGUGUCAGAUGUAUCAUUUCCUGCCUUAUCCAGAGACAAAAUGUCACCAUCAUCAUCCUUAUCUGAAGCCAGUUCACAAUCACCACCUUUACGUAAAAGAAGCUUGUCCCAGUCACCGCCUAUAUGCAAAGAUAGUUUGUUUUCUUCUUCCCCAAAGAAAAGUAAAGCUGCUCGUGAACUGAUGCAGUCAAUCUUAAAAAAUCAAAUCAAAAUCGACCCAAAUGAGGAAAUGAAUAGCAGAAAAGUUGUAACUGCCUUUCUAAAUAUCUUAACAGAUGCUUUAAAAGGGGAUAAUAUGUUCAAUCUUUUAUAUGAAAAACCAUAUUAUACUGGCAGUUCAUACCAUGGUCUAAGAGUUGCCUCAGCUUCUGAGUUUGAUAUUGAUAUAGUAUUACAUGUCCCUCAACAGAUCUCUUUAAAGGUAGAGUUUUUCGACAGUACUCUGGCAUUUGCAAAGAUUAAAUGGGAAGUGAAAAGUGAGCUUCCUGAGAAUAAGAUUGAUAUUUUAAAAUUCUUGAAUUCAAAUUCUGUAGACUGUUAUCUUGAACCAGUUAAAAUAACAUCUUGGUUUCAAAGCCUUCUUGAUCGAUUUUUGAGCAAACUGGUGUUCAAAGAUGAUAUAAAGCAAGUAAAAAAUCAUAAAAGUGGGCCAGCUAGAACAGUGGAAAUUGAGACUUACUCAUCGACUAUUAUAAAUAUUGAUUUAGUUCCAGUUUUUCAGUUUGAUCAUCAGCAGCUAAGUGACACACCUAUUGCACAAAUUUUUCAGAAAUAUCCCAAAAUCUCAUGUGCUAAAAAAAUAUGCUUCUUUAUUCCAAAACAAUGUGCUGGAGAAGUCCCAAUGAGUGAAUCGGAUUGUAAUAUUUCAUGGAGAUUAGAUUUUCCAGAAAUUGAAAGAAGUGUGUUGCAUAAUAAACAAUGUGCAAAGCCUAUUAUUAAAUUGAUUAAGCUCUUACGGGAUAAAUCGGAUUGGAAAGGUUUGGCUUCUUACCAUAUUAAAACUGUGAUGCUGUGGGAAGUCUCUAAAAAUACAAAUCAUGGAGCCUGGGAUAAUACUUUUCUAUAUGAAAGAUAUUUACAGGUUAUGAAACAAUUAUAUUCAUAUUUGAAAAAUAGAAAUUUGCCUUUUUUCUUUCACCCUCAAUUGAAUCUGCUACAUAAAUUCAAUGAAGAAACGUAUGAAAACUGGAGUAACCGUCUAAAAGAUAUUAUAUCAUCUAUAGAAUCUAAUCAUGAAGCAUUAUUAAAGUAUUAUUGUUGAUUUUUUUAUAUAUAUAAUUUUAUAUGAUUUAUUUAUUUUGAGGUUAUUAUGAUCUGCUGUGAAGCUUCUCUCUUGUUGUAUAUGACUACAAUAUGAAAGUGAUAAGUAUUUCUUUGAUAUUGUUAUUAGUAUUGCAGAAUUGCCAAAUCUUCAAAUAAAAUUGAGAGAUAACAGUUUUCAUUCAUAUCUCCGAAUUUUUAAUUUAUGUCUCAACUGUUUCAAUUCCUUAGAUAUCUAGAGGUUUUCCUUUUUUGUUCAGGUUUCCUUUGGUAUAAAAUUUUAAGAAUCUUCAAAAUGCAAUAAAAUAAGCCAAAAACAUAACUCAUAAUUUGUUGUUCUAAAUUUUAGGGAGAUUUCAUCAAUAUUUCAUUACAACUAGCUUAAUAAUUUGGAUUAUGAUUUAUAAAACAAUCUAUGAAAACUCGUAGAUUUAGCCCUUCAAACAUUACGAAAAAAUUUAAUCUAGCUGCCCCUUCAAAAAUCGCAUAUCUUGAUUGAAAGAGCUUUUAAUUCCUCCAUUUUUUCAUACUUUAAAACUGGCAGAUAGACAAAUAAGAAAGAUUUUAAAAAAUAAAUAAGAUUUUAAGAAUUGCAAAAGAGAAAACUGUCAGAUAUAUUAGUGAUUUUAAUAUUGUUAAGUUUCCUUUUCAUAAGUUCUCAAUUUUGUUGAAUAAUACAGUAAAUUGUUGCCAUUUAUGGAGUUAUGUCAUUAAUAUGUUGUGCAUAUAACAAAGUUAACUUACUAUGCUAAAAUAUUAUGUUUAUGUGUAAUUUAGCAAGCUUAAAUAUUGUUGUAAUUAAAAGGAAAGAAUGAAACAAAUGUUAGUUGAAAGGAUUUUUAUUACUGCUGAGUAUGUGUACAUGAUACAAUUUUUCUUUCUUUCUUUCUCUCUCCCCCUUCCUGAAUAAAGCGUACCUUUCUUUCUUCA